ACAACCAGGAACUCCCAGCUUCUCUUCCAGCAACUACCACCUCUUCUCCGAGCAGAUACCCAGCCUUUCAAGAUGCGUUUCUCAGCCUCUGUCAUCGUCGCCUCUUUGGCCGCCACUGCUGUUGCAGCACCUACAAGCCCAGCUCCAGAAAAUGUGCUUAAGAAGAGAAACAACUUUUGCGGAGCUACAACCUUUAUCAACAAUAGCUCUGGUGGUUCUCCUUGGAUUACCGACUGUCAAACGAUGUUUGAUAGGAUUGCCGGCGAUGGCACUUGGGUUGUCGAACCCCAGCAGAAACGAAUUGCAAGCUGGGGAACUUGCGAAUUCGGCGCUAGGUCUGUGAACAACGUCAUCACCACCAUCGGAAAUGAGGAUGUUAGAGAUCUUACUCGCGAUUCUAUUGCAAGGUUCGCUUGGCAAGGAAGGGUUGGAGCCAGCGGAAUCGUGGACUGUGGCACUAGUGGAAGCGUGAAGGUUUGGUGGGGCCUCUACCAUACUUGAGAGCCUUGCCUGUCAAGUUGGUAAACAUAGUAUUAUGCUCUCACUCUCAACUACGAGCCCAGCUUCUUGUCAAAGCUAUUUGUCCGUGCAGACGAUGCAAUAAAUUCAAAGUUGUGAUCCAUCUUGUCUGGUUUGAAGAAUAUGGACCAUGAUAAGGGGUUCG